CCUCUCUAGUGGCUAUUUGCUCAUUUCUUCAAUUGUUUUUUUCUCUCAUUGUCCCCCAUUUUCUUUCUUCAUUUUUUCAAGCGGCUAUGUUUUCCAGAGGAACAAAUGCAUCAUCUGGCAUGGGAGUGGCUGAUCACAGCAAAAGCACUUACCUGGAGCUGCAAAGAAAGAAGGUGUUUCGAUACGUGAUCUUUAAGAUCGAUGAGAAGAAAAAGGAGGUAGUUGUUGAAAAAACAGGAGGUCCAUCAGAGAACUAUGAUGAUUUCACUGCUUCAUUGCCUGAGAAUGAUUGCCGCUAUGCAGUUUACGACUUUGAUUUUGUGACUUCUGAGAAUUGUCAGAAGAGCAAGAUCUUUUUUAUUGCAUGGUCACCGUCUGUUUCAAGGAUCCGUGCCAAGAUGCUGUAUGCAACAUCCAAGGAAAGGUUCAUAAGGGAAUUAGAGGGCAUUCAUUACGAAAUCCAGGCAACUGACCCAACUGAGAUGGAUCUCGAGGUGAUUAGAGAGCGUGCAAGUUAAAAGUGUUGAAAUCCCGUCAUCAAUGCCGCAUGCUUAGGAAACUCCUGUGUUUAAUUAUUGUUAAAUAACACCUAGGAAGGCUGAUUAGGAGCUCAGGGUGUUCAAAACAUGUCGGGACUUUAUGCUCCUCAUUCCACAUGAUGCUUCUGAGGUGACAAUGGAUGUGUUAUUAUUGAACAGUUUGACCUGACCCUUCAUUAAUGAAAAUUUUCAUUUCAAUCA